AUGUUCGUGCAGGAGGAGAAGAUCUUCGCGGGCAAGGUGCUGCGGCGGCACAUCUGCGCGUCGGACGGCGCCGAGUGGCUGGAGGAGGCGACCGAGGACACCUCGGUGGAGAAGCUCAAGGAGCGCUGCCUCAAGCACUGUGCUCCCGGGAGCUCGGAAGACCCCCAAAGCGUGAGCCAUCACAAGUUAAUUCACGCCGCCUCCGAGAGGGUGCUGAGUGAUGCCAGGACGAUCCUGGAGGAGUCGGUCCAGGACGAAGAUGUCCUGCUGUUGAUCAGAAAGCGGGCCCCGUCGCCUCUCCCGAAGAUGGCUGAGGUCUUGGCGGAAGAGAAGAAGAAACAAGAGCAGAAGGCCCCGGAUAGAGACGCUAUAUUCAGAGCCACCGCCAACCUGCCCUCCCGCGACAUGGACCGGGCCGCGGUGCAGACCAGCCCGAGAGACUUCCAGACCGAGGUCCGGAAGAUCCUGGUGUCCCUCAUUGAAGUGGCACAGAAGCUGCUGGCGCUGAACCCGGACGCCGUCGAGUUGUUCAAGAAGGCCAACGCCAUGCUGGACGAUGACGAGGACGAGCGUGUGGACGAGGCGGCCCUGCGGCAGCUCACGGAGAUGGGCUUCCCCGAGAGCAGGGCCGUGAAGGCGCUGCUCCUGAACCACAUGUCCGUGCCUCAGGCCAUGGAGUGGCUCAUCGAGCACGCCGAAGACCCCACCAUAGACACGCUGCUGCCGGGCCUGGCCUUGCCGGGAGAGGCGGCCGCCGCGGGGCCCAGCGCCGGGCCCAGCGCGGAGGAGGGGGACGAGGAGGCCCGGGACGAGCUGAUGGAAAUCUUCAAGAAGAUCCGGAGGAAAAGGGAGUUUCGUGCCGACGCUCGGGCCGUCGUCUCCCUGAUGGAGAUGGGCUUCGACGAGAAGGAGGUGAUGGACGCCCUCCGGGUGAACAACAACCAGCAGAACGCCGCCUGCGAGUGGCUGCUGGGAGACCGCAAGCCCUCUCCCGAGGAGCUGGACCAGGGCAUCGACCCCAAGAGUCCCCUCUUUCAGGCCAUCCUGGACAACCCUGUGGUGCAGCUGGGCCUGACCAACCCCAAGACGCUACUAGCGUUUGAAGACAUGCUGGAGAACCCGCUGAACAGCACCCAGUGGAUGAACGACCCUGAGACGGGGCCGGUCAUACUGCAGAUCUCCAGGGUCUUCCAGACCCUGAACCGCUCGUAGGCCGCGCGGCUCCUCUGCGCACCCCCAGCCGAGUCGGGGCAGGAGCGCCGAUCCCCGGGGCCCCAGGCCGGGGGCGGAGAGGGGCCGGGGCUGCGGCUUCCACCUUCCUGCUGCAAACCUCGGACGCCGCGUCUCCAGCCUCUGCCAGUGUUUACAGACAAGUGGCUGUCACACCGAGAAGGGUCGUCUCCUUCCGAGGGUCCCUGUGGGCUCUUGAAAUGCUACUUGAAUUGGCCUGUAGGCGCUGCUUGUAGAGUCCACGUGUUAUUUGAGAGAGGAGGCAUGUUUCAACCCAAAGUGUUAACGUCAAAGGUACUAACUUAAGUAGAAUUC